AAUCCUCUGCUCUAGCUCUGCUCUGCUGACGUGUGGAUAAAGCCGAACAUUUUAGAUCUUCUUGGAACAGAAAUCUUGGUGCUGGUCCUGAGAGAGCGUCCGUAAGAGGGACCUCUCCCCACCAUCAUGGUGGACCUGUGGUAUCUCCUAGCACUCUUCCUGGUUCUUAUUGUACAGGUAGCCAGGAGUGCCGGGAGCCUAGAGAAGCUAUCGUCAGAGUUAUGCCUCACCCAAGGAUUCUCUUCCAACCUUCUGUGUAGUGCGUGUGGUAAUUUAGGUGAAUUCAAACUGAAUGAGCUGGAAGGAACGUGUCGGCAGUGCUGCCAAGAUGACGCUGAAGAAGAUAACUUUACUCCAUUCCACCAUGCUCAUUUAGAAGUGUGCGGAUGAAAAUUGGGUCGGUUUCCACAGAUCCAAGCUUUUGUAAAGGGUGAUAGGCCUAAAAAGUAUCCAAACUUGAAAAUCAAGUAUCUGCGAGGUGCGGAUCCUGUUUUGAAGUUCUUGGAUGAGAAGAACAAGGUCAUCGAGACUCUAAGCAUUGAGAAGUGGAACACCGACUCAGUUGACGAAUUCCUUAUGGAGAGACUUAAACCAUCUCAUUAAAGUUUUCACUUUUCCUCAUUUCAUUAAUGAUUUGAGGCAAUAGAGAGAUAAGUCAGUCACGUCAACACAUUGCUUAACAUUGCUAUUUCUCUUUUCAAAUAAAGUUCAUUGAAUUCAUACUCCGGCACUGAAUGGUGCAUCCCAUAAUGUAUGAGGAAGAAGCGAAUGAUUUAAAAAAAACUAGCCUUAAAACCCAUUCAUGCAGAGGAUUACACAUUUUUACAAGUAGAAAGAGAGAAUAUAAUAUCCAAAUAAAUCUUAUAAUAUAGAAUGAAAUUCUGUUCUUGACGACCAAAUAAAUGUACAGAAUAAACUCUUAAGAGGUGUAGUCUUCUAAUUUUAUAUUAAUGUAUUUUUAAUAUUUUAAAAGCAAUGUGUUGAUGUUUUUCUGAUUUCUGUGAAGAUUAAAUUGCCAGAUAUAGUUAUGCUUCAUUCAAUACAACCAAACAUUACCUCCUACAGUUUUAUAAAUAAGGAACCUUUUGUUAGCAUUUGCUAUUUAGCUGACCAAACCAGAAGUAUUCAGUUGUUUGCAAAGUGCAGUCUUUCAGGGAACUUUGUGUUACCCAGAGGAAUAAUAAAAAUAAUAUUUAGCUUUUAUAUAGCGCUUAAUACAAAUGUCUUUAAGCGCUUUCAAAAUAUACUAUUUGUAAUGAUCAUUAAUAGGUGCAUUCUUGAACUUAAAUCGAUUUAUGAAUGAAUCUAUUUCCCUUUUAAUCAUAUUCCACCUUGUCUUAUUCUAUAUUCAUUGUUGUUUACUGAUAACCAAGAUUCUUGAAUGAAGGAUAACUAUAGCAGACUCCAUAGAGAUUAAGCAUAGUCUAUGAAAGCAGAUCAAUAAACCAAAUGGUGUGUUCUGUUGGAUCCCAAUGUAUGCUUAAUCUCAUCUUCACACUCUCUUAUGUAUUAUGUAACAUGCUGUAAAACCAAAAUAUCUGCGAGAUAGUUUCACCAUUUUCAUUCAUAAGUUGUCCAGAUUCUACAAUGCCACAUAAUAGAUUCACUACACUAAAUUUAGCAAUUCACAUUUUUUUUGUGCCAUUGUUACCAGUUUGCCAAGAUUUUGUGUCGUGAAAGUUUUUGGUUACCGGUAUACAGGUUGCAGGGCUCCUUACUAACUUUAUGUCUGGACGUCAUCGUUACAUUUUUGUCAAACUCACAGGAUGUACUUGUACUUUGUAUCUCAAUAGAACCAAUUUUUGAUAUGGGAAGCCUUUUAAAUCUUAGUCUAUUGUUUGCCUAUGAAUACUCGUAGUGUUGAGCCCUGCAAAAUUGCUUUUUUAUUUGAACAAACUCAAUCAUGGGCAGUUUACAAAUUGGUAUGAUGUCACAAAGGAUAUCACCUGUUUGGAGCCAGAAGGGCUUUAUUUAGCUUAUAUCCUUUAAGACAGAGCUUACACCCUUGUUGCUCUGACCAGAUGAUAUAUCAAUUGGUAUAGAGAUAUAUAUUUAUACAUUUACCUUGUACUGGUUUUAUGUGCAUGUUCAUUGUUUGAUGUAAAAAAAAGUUUGUAUGUUCGGGGAAGUUGUAGCUUUGAGUAUCAAUAAAAUAUUUGUAAUUCAUGUUCAGCAAUUUUUUGUAAUUUUGUGAUUAAUAUCUUGGUGAUCAUGUCUCACUUAUUAAAUCAAUCUGUUCUCA